AGAAAAGUUCUAGAGAGAGAGAGUAAACUGAAGAACAGUCAAACCUUUUAAAAAAGUCUUCUUAUUCUUAAUUCUUCUUCUUCUUAUUGAUAAUCGAUAUUUUGUAUUUUAGGAUCACAUUCAUUCAUCAAACUCCAAAUCUCAAAAUUCUCAAUUCCCCCAAUUUUCUUCAAAAAUAACACUCAUCAAUUAGUGCGUUACAAUCAUCACAUCUACAUCUUCAAUCCUGUUCGUCAAUUCUUAGGGUUUGUUUCUUACAUUAUCAUGUUAUCAAACAAUAACAAUAAUCAGUGAAGUAAUAUUAUUAUUGUGGAAUAAUUCGAGGCGUGUAAAAUGGGAGGGGUGUGUACCGGCGGGACGAUGAAGCGGAGCACGGUGGCGGAGUACGACGGAGACAGGGGUAGUUUAGGGUUUUCAGGGAAGUUGAAGUCAAUGACGAGUUUUGGUCAACAGAAGAAGAAAAAGAACGAUGAUUAUUAUUAUGAUGAUGAUGUUCAUGAUGAUGAUUCAGGUGUAUCAUCUUAUGGUGAUGAUGGUGGUGUUUAUGAUAGGAAGAUGACAUCAUCUUAUGGUUCUGCUGAAAUGUUUUUAACCAUUUCAAGGGAGUUGAAGCCUUCUACACCUGCUAGGGUUAGUAAGGCACCUCAUGUGAGUACAUUUCUCGGGAAAGCUGGUAACGUAGGUCUUGAAGUGUUGGAUACACUGGGCAGUAGUAUGACUAAUUUAAACGCUAACAGUGGAUUUGUAUCCAAUAUGGCUUCAAGAGGAGAUAAAGUAUCGAUUUUAGCAUUUGAAGUAGCUAAUACUAUUGUUAAAGGGUCCAAUUUGAUGCAAUCGCUUACCGAAGAAAGCAUCCAGAUCCUUAAAAAGGAGAUUUUGAUUUCAGAAGGUGUCCAGCUUUUAGUUUCUACAGAUACGAAGGAAUUGUUACGUAUUGCAGCUUCUGAUAAGAGGGAGGAACUUGAGGUAUUCUCCAGAGAGGUUGUUCGGUUUGGAAAUAUGUGCAAAGAUCCACAAUGGCAUAAUCUGGAUCGUUUCUUUAUCAGAUUGGACUCGGAUCUUGUAACAAACAAACAGCUCAGAGAGGAGGCCGAAAUUACUAUGCUCGAACUCACCAAUCUUGCUCAGUAUACAUCCGAAUUAUAUCAUGAGUAUCAUGCGUUAGAUAGAUUUGAACAAGAUUACCGACGCAAGCUUGAGGAAGUAGAAGCCUUGCAUCUUCCUCGAAAAGGAGAGAGUCUUACAAUCUUACAUAGUGACGUAAAGCAUCAAAGAAAACUCGUGAGGAACUUAAAAAGGAAAUCUCUUUGGUCUAAAAGUUUAGAAGAGGUUGUGGAGAAGCUUGUAGAUAUUGUGACCUUCAUCCAUCAAGCGAUUGCCGAGGCCUUUGAAGAGAAUGUACCAAGUUCAAUGACGAAUGAAAAGAUAGUUCAUAAAAAGCCGGAGACACUAGGUGUUGCAGGUCUUGCUUUACACUAUGCUAACUUAGUCACUCAAAUGGACAACAUUGCAGCGCGGCCCAUCUCAUUACCUCCUAAUACGAGAGACAAUUUAUAUAAUGGCUUACCAGCAAAAGUCAAGGCAGAUUUACGUUCUCGCAUACAAGCACUCGACUCUAAAGAAGCGAUGACAAUGCCUCAAAUUAAAGCAGAAAUGGAAAAAACACUUCAGUGGCUUGUUCCAGUAGCUACAGAUACUACCAAAGCACACCAAGGGUUCGGAUGGGUCGGAGAGUGGGCAAACACAGGUAACGAGUUCGGGAAAAAGACAGCAGCAGGGAGUAACAGUAUUAUUCGGCUUCAGACACUUUAUCAUGCCGAUAAACAGAAAAUGGACCGAUACAUUCUUGAUUUGAUCAUUUGGCUUCACCGUCUAAUAAGUCUAGUCAGAUUCCGAGACAAGGUUCCAAAAUACAUUCCCGCUCGACCUCCUAAUAAUGAUAACGGUCUGAUCACGGGUUCAAAUCCGUCUAGAUUGAAAGCUAAUGGUAAACUUCAACGGGUUCAAAUCUCCUUGGAAGAUAGGAAUCUUUUAGAAAUGGUUAUGAAGCGAACGAUGCUGGUUCCGGGAAUUAGCAAAAGUCAAGAGUUCAAGAGGAAGAGAUCUGCGGUUUUCGCAUCAAGUAGAAGCAUGGGAAGCUCACCGAGGAGGGAACCGGGGUAUGCGAAUGCUGAUAUAUUAGACGUUUUAGAUGGCUUAGGUACAACAUAUUAAGCGAUCGGUACAAGUUUCCAAUCAGGAACUAAGUGGGAUAUAAAAUGAUGAUAUGGUUGAAUGCAGUGGGUACAACAUUUUGAGCUGUUGGUACACAUCUGCAAGCCAUUGUUUCUGUGUGUAUAUAUCAUAUAUGAAGUGAGUGUAGUAGAUUAUUAGAGAUCAUGUUAAUAUUGUGGUUGGAGUAAUUUGUUGGAACUUAUCCUGUGAUUUUUAUUCAAACAUUAAGAAUGCUCAAUAUACAAAUACAUCAUGCAUU